AUGAAAAUCAAGCCUACAAAUUCACGUUCAUCAUCAUCACCUCUCGUUUAUACAAACAAAAGUUCAGUACGAACUUCACUUGAAAACAAUGAUUGUUAUGCUACCAAUCUUACUAUAAAUAGUACAGGUAGUCAAAUUGCUGUCUUAACUGUUCCAACUACAAUUCAAUUGUUUGAUGCAUCAACAUUAAAACAUACAUCAGUUCUUUCAUCGACUUCAAACAAUUUCGAUAGUAAUGAUUCAUCAUCUAGCAUAACAAUUAGUUCAAUUCAAUAUGCUUAUAUAUCACCUCAUAUUUUAUUUGCUUCAACUAAUAAAAAUUUAGUUCUGGCAUGGGAUAUACGAACACCGCAACAAGAAACUUUUCAAUUAAAUGGUUGUGCAGAUGAACAUAAAUUUCUUUCAGUAACAUCUAAUAAUGAAGAUCUCUUGGUUGCUGCUGGUAGUGAACUUAAAGGUGAAGAAAAUGUUGCUAUUGCUUUUUGGGAUUUACGAUCACCUGGAAAUAAACAAUUAUUAGGAUAUUACACAGAAUCUCAUUCGGAUGAUAUUAUUCAAGUUGAAUUUUGUCGAUUGAAUUCUUCGAAAUUAUUAAGUGGAUCAACGGAUGGUCUUGUAUGUUUAUAUGAUGUGAAAAAAGCAAAUGAAGAUGAUGGACUUGAACAAGUUUAUAAUGCGAAUGGACCUGUUGCAAAAUGUGGUUUCUCUCAAUAUAAUACAAUAUAUGCAAUAACUGCAUCGAAUGCUUUUUAUAUUUGGUCAACAGCGGAAGAAAAUCAAGAAUUACUUGUACAAGGAGAUACAGAUAAUGAUAUUCUAACAUCAGAUAUGCCAUCUGAACAAAUGGAUACAUCAUUAAAAUCGUCAACAGUCACUCAUCAUCUUCCAUCAACACAUUCAACUAUUGUUGAUAUACUUGCUGACAGUAAUAUCAAUAAUCUAUUACCAUCUGUUUUACAAGAGACAAAAUCCUGUUGGCCAUUAUUAAUGUGUGAUCAUAUGGGCAAAAUGAAUAUUACAUUAGUUACAGCCGAUAAAUGUGAACCGACUAUUUUGCCACUUAAUUCACCUCAUUCUGAGACAUUACGUGCAGCAGUAACUUAUCAUUCAUCACUAUAUACAUGUAGUGAUGAUGGACAAUUGGUACAAUGGCAACCAUCAUCAACAACAACAAAUAAUUCUAUUGACAAUCAAACACAAAUAACAUCAAAGAAAAAAUCAACUAGUAGAAAACCUUACUAA